GGCCCAAACCAAACCGCUGUUACCGUUGCCUUUUGACGCCGCGGCGUCUGUCAUUACAAUUGCCACCCCUCCGCUCUCUCUCGCUCUCUGUCUCUCUUUCGCCCCCGCUUGGAAUUAGUCUAUUUUUAGCAGUAUUUCCAAUUGGAAGACUCUUGACUUGACCUUUCGGUGUGCCAAAAGGCAGAGUUUUCUAACUCCACGACCUUCCGAUGACGAAUUUAAUGACCUGAAAUCGACGAAGCGAGAGUAGCAAGGGGAGGCAGAGGAAAACCGCCAAUCACUUUCACACAUUGCAUAGAUGAAAAUUGAAACAGCCGACAACAAAGCACGUCAGCAGAGACGCUGACUGAGAGCGACUUCGAAGUCAGUGGAGCAUUAUUCGUUUUCAUAAUAAACGAAAUAUACGGAAUCCAAAAAAAAAAGAAGCCGCAGAGCAGGUUUCCCGUCGAUGGUUUCAAUGAUAAUCGCUUAAUAAUGGCAGCAGCGGCACCUGAAUCGUGUGGAGCACGCGAUCCAAAGGAACCGGAGACUGAGUGGGAGUUCGAUACGGAUUCGGGGCGGUCCCAGGCGGCAAUGACAGACUCCCAGCGAGCGUUGGAUUCUCUGGAGGCGGACACCGAGGCGGACACAGAUUUAGAUGCUGCCGCUGCAGGAGCUGACCAACAAAGACAAAACGAUGACCAACUGCAGUUGCAGUCGUUGGAGCCUAUCUCCCUGGACGACAUACCUGAGCCCAUAAAGGUCCUCGACGAGAUUAUUUCAGAGUUCGAGGAGGCAGCGACGAAACCGGUGGGCUUGCACAGCAACAGUGGCGAAAAUCAGUCCGAGGACGAUGGCUACAUGAGUCUGAGUCGCAAAAACAUGUCCAAAAAGGAUUCCGAAGAUGUGCCCCAAACACCCAGCACCGAUACUGUGCCCGAGGGAAGCUUCAAUGAGGUGGACGGCACAGCAGAGAAUCUAGCCAAAUUAUCUGAGGUGGAACCGGGCCAGGAAACAACGACGCCCCUCAUCCAGACAACGCUGCCGAAGGCAAGGGGCUUCAGCUCGACUCCGGCCACCAACUCCAACUACUCGAGUCUGCCUUGCUGUGGGGCCAGGUCCUCGAAUUCGGGUGGAGCUGCCGCUGGCAGUUCCUCAAGUGGAUUGGCAGCCAUUCGGCAUCCGGGCAGCUGCAACGGUGGGCGCAACGCACUGGGCAUCGACAUCAGUGCCGUGCACAACGCCGUGCUUCGGGGCAACCUGGCCAAGCUGCCGGAGCCCUUCGUCAACGAGCAUCCGGUGACCAUCUACCCGGGCCCCUCCUCCAAGGGGGCCGGUGGCGAGGGGGCUCGGGCCAAGCGGCUGCUUAGCUCGGUAGAACAGCACAAGGAAGUGUGCCACAUGCUCAAUCCGCUUUCCAACAGCUCGACCUCCUCUUCCGGCUCGCAGCACACGUCCAGCGAAGAGGCCUCGCCGGCUGCUUCUCACCUCAAUGUGGCGUCGUCGAAGGCGGCUGGCAGGAAUGAAGAUUACUCGGAGGACUCGCUGGAGGAGUCUACAAUCUCCACAGACCUUACUCCCGUAAAGCAGAACGGCGUCGCAUGGGAGAUCCACUUCAGCACUAAGAAUAAUUACAGCGGCUCUAAAAAGUCAUCUGGUGCUGCGUCCAAAAAGCACCAAAAACGGGAUAACAACUUGGACGACUUUAACAACAGCUUUAUGUACAACGAGAAGAGUAUGUUGGGAAAGGGAACCUUUAUUAUUCGCCGUUCCACGGCCAAGAAACCGCCACGCGCUGCUGAUGUGUUUUGCAUACCAAAGCCGCCACGUCCCUCCUUAACCGAGAGAGCUGGAUCCGGAUCCAGAGUUGGAGCUGGAGCGAUCAGCAAUGAGUUCUACACGAGCGACAGCGAGCAGAGCGACGCCACUCCACUGCCGCUCCCGCUGCCGCUGCCACCGGCGCAAGAAUCCUCCGAUAUGAACUUCGUUUACAAGGAGUGCGAGGCUAAUGCGGCGCACACACGCCGCGGAUUGGAGAUGGCCGCCGCCCAUCGGGCGGCUCUAUCGCUGGACAUCGCCGAGGCUCCGGACCAACUGGGCCACUGCAAGCCGAUAAAGAGCAAGACGGCAAUGCUGACCGAAAAGCGGCUGAGUGCUGAGUCUAUGCCGGACAACACCUCCAGUAGCGAGGAGUUCGAUGAGGCGCGUCUGAACGGAAGCGGAGGUUACGAUCUGUACGCCUACAACGGGAAUGAUCAACGUGUUUCCAACGCUACCACUCCACACACGGAUCUGGCACCAACUCUCGAGGAGGACGAAGAGCUUUCCGACUUUAGCUACGGGUGUGCUCCGCUGAUGCAAAUCGAGCAUAACAUUAGCGCCUUGCUGCGUGGAGAUAUCCCCAUUGUGGGUCAACAAUCUGGCUGUAAUGGAGGUGGAUCCGUUGGAGCCGCUGCGACCGCUGCCGAGCUGCAUGCCAAGCGGGUGCUGGAAUUUCGGCCAGGCGUUCACAAGUCGGAGAGCGCCAAGGAGAUGCUGCUGUCGCAGAUGCCAAGCCUGGGACCAUUGCCCCCAUCCCCGCCAUGCUCUAAUCCGGAUUUGUUCGACUACGAUGCCCCGUUGCCGCCGUCACCGGUGGAGCCCCGUAAGCAGCUAGAGCUUCCGGCAGAGGUGGCGACCAGUGCCCCGCCGCCGAAUCGUGGCACAACCGUAGUGGAGGUGCAUGCCACUGCCUCCGGAGCGGCUGUACACAGCAGUAACAGCCACAUGCGCCGAAGUCGCGACAAUGUGGCUGCCGUGCGUCACUUUACCGACGAGCUGCCACCGCCACCGGCGCCUGCCCACCAAUUGGCCGGGUUCGUGGAGGGCCUUCCCGGAGCGCCAAUGGUGCCCCCACAUCGAGCCACUGGAGGGCAUUCGGCCAACACAAUGAAAUCCUGGAGCAUUGACUCUCAGUACCGCAAGAGAUCGCCCAAGCUGUUUGGCCACUACAGCAGCGGGGGGAGUGGGAUAACCACACCCACCGGACUUGGACCUAUGCCACCGCUGCCUGCGCCACCUCUCGACGGAAUGGCGGGUGGAAGCGGGUCAUAUCAACGGCGGUACAUUAAUUACGGCACGAAGCGCAGCCUAAAACAGUCGCCGCGCGAGGAGCACCGCCUGCAAACCUCUUGUAGUCUUCCUGAAACGCCAAUCUUUGCCAGGGGCUGUGACAUACCACGUACGCCAUAUCGACGCCAGAAUGAGCCGUUGCCUGUGGUAAGCGGUUCACGCACCGCGCCCAGAUCGAGCACAUCAAAUAGCAUAAACAUGGGAACUUCUAUUUUGGGGAUUGGAGCUGGAAACUAUGGUACAGCCCAAAUUUGCCGCCAGCGCUCGAUUAAUCACGCUUUGGCUUCCAAUGAGAUGCUACGCAUGACCGGAGCCCCCGCUCGUGGAUGGUAUCCUAAGCAACGGGGUAUGCGCCCGGUUUCAACCGAAAACAUUGACCGCCUGGCUUCCGUGCGGGUAUGGGACAACCCGGCGGGCAUGUCAGGCACCGGACAAUCCCGCAAGCCACUAACGCUGCCACCUAAUCUUACGCCUUCCUUUUUGAACAAAUCACCCCGCGAGGCUUUGCGACGAGUGACCAGUUUGCUGAUAACCAAGAAAAAGAACAGUAAGGAUCGAAAACAUAAGGCAUAUUGCGAUCAGCUCAUGGAUGAUAACAACAGCAAGCACGCCUAUGAAUUUGACACAGGUUCCACCAAACGAAAGGAUACCAAUCGCAAGGAAAAUGGAGCCUCGGGGGUGUCCACUAAUACCAAACCCAAGAAGAAAGGUCUCUUUAAAUCGCUUUGGAAGCGCACGAAAACAGCCUCGCUGGAUCAUUAGAAAAAUACUCGCUGGCAAGACUAAGCACUGCCCCAAGUUUUAUGUCACCAUUAGCAUGAUAGCAUCGAAGAUGAUAAUAACCCUGCACUUACAUUCACGUUAAUCGGGACGCAAGCUAAAAAGUUAUCUGGCUCCCACCAGUCCUCUCACCUGCUCAUCCGAUCAGCUAAACUUUCUCACGCUCGUGUUCGUCCACCUUGAAAACAAUUGAAGCAAUUUUGUAUACACAUCGUAUCGUACAUCGGUCAUAUAGUAAUGAGAAAACUGAAUUAUUCAAAUGCACAAAAGCCGUGAAUCGUAAAGACUGAAAAAUGAAAAAGCGUAAAACAAAGGAAAAUUAAGCAAAAACGAAAAUAAUAUGGAAUACAAGAAAUUAGGUGAACUUAUGCAAACAAUAUUUCACUCUCAAAAACUAAAGAAAAUUGAAACAAUGUAUGGAUCGCACGGCCAUAUAACUUGUGUAUGUAUGUGUGUUUUUCCCCGACCUUGAACUUGCCAAAACAAAAAUGCAAUUAUUCUAUGGUCGUACAACCGUAUAACCAAAACCUAUCCGUAUGCACGCAACAUUGAGCGCAGCAAAGAACUUUACAACUUACACAAGCACUGAAUUUAUAUAUACGUAUAUAGAUAUGAGCGCUAUAUAUAGUUUGGACUAUAACUAAACCGUUUAGGGUUCUAGGCAACAUUACUUACUUUAUGAUGAUGUUUUAUUCUUAGAAAUUCCAAGAAAUAAGUUUUGGUUCGAUGACUAUAAAUUUUUCAUUUUGUUGAGUUGGUAAAGGGACUCGGAGCAGCUGGAAUACAGGUAUAGUGCAAUUAGAGGAGAAGUAUUGCUAAAUUUCAUAAUGUAUAUCAAGUAUUCCAAUAGUGAAUCCCACUAUUGCCCGACGAGGCGCCCCAAUAAAUCGACUAAAUCGCAAUAAUACACCUUAUGACUCACAAUACGUAUUAAAUUUCCAAAGCUGAAAAUGAAGUAAAGCCCUCCACAUUUCGAAGAAUGUUUGAUAAUAAAAAUGAAUUCAACAUUAUUUAAUUCCAAUUAAAACUUAAAACGCAAGUUUAACGCUCAAGACGAUUUUACCAGAGAAAGCAUUUGAAGUUGGGAAUUUCGAAAAGUGAAACUUGAAUAUGAAACAACAUUACUGUAAACGUUUACUAGUCAUUAAAUAUUAAAAAUAAAAAGCAAGAAAAAUAUACAUAUAUAUAUAAUAUAUUAUAUAUAUACAUAUUUUUUAUUAACACCCUGUGAAGCCAAGAAUAAACAUUUUGGCAGCAUUUUAUGAGCAGGAGCUGGCCCCCAUGAGCAAGUUAAAAGUAUUAUUAACGAAUUAUAUUAUACGCUAUAGCAAGUUGGUAUUUAUUAUAAUUAAUGAUAUAUGUACAAUUAUUUAAAUUAACAUUAUUGAAUAUAUUUUUUAGAAACGUAGCAUGAAACGAAAUAAAAUUAUAAAAACAGAAA